UAGUAAUUCUCACACUCUUCGCCCCCAAUUCCCAUUUCUUUCUUGUUUACCUGAUUCUCCCAACGAGCUGCAGCCAUGGCUGCCAAAUCAAAUCGAACACCAAUAUUACAUGCCUUUGUUUUUGCACUGAGCCUGCUCGUAUUUCAAUCCGAGUCCGCGCCUCAGGCUUUCCGGCGAGAUCCCGGUCACCCUCAGUGGCACCACGGCGCCUUCCACGACGUUCGAGAUAGCGUCCGAUCCGAUGUCCGCCGCAUGCUCCACUCUCGCGCCGAGGUGCCGUUUCAGGUUCCUCUCGAAGUGAAUGUGGUUCUUAUUGGCUUCAAUGGCGAUGGAGGCUACAGGUACUCCAUCGAUUCGCACAAAUUGGAAGAUUUUCUGAAAAUCAGCUUCCCAUCGCAUAGGCCUUCCUGCCUUGAGACAGGAGAACCUCUCGAUAUCGAGCAUCAAAUUGUUUAUAAUGCCUUUCCGGCUGGGCAACCAGAACUAAUAGCUCUUGAGAAGGCACUGAAAGAAGCUAUGGUUGCUGCAGGAAACGCAAGAGAGACUGAUUUUGGAAGGCAAGUACCUCUGUAUGAAGUGGAUGCAACUGUAGUGGAGCCAAUGUUUCAGAAGUUAUAUUCCUACAUAUUUGACAUAGAGAAUGCUGCUAAUUCUGCUACGAAUAUGGAUCGGCAAAUUCCGAGUGCAAUAUUUAUUGUCAAUUUUGAUAAGGUAAGGAUGGAUCCUAGGAAUAAGGACAUUGAUCUUGACAGCUUAAUGUAUGGAAAACUUAGCCAGCUAACUGAGGAAGAUAUGAAAAACCAAGAGGGAGACUACAUUUAUCGCUAUAGAUACAAUGGAGGAGGUGCCUCUCAAGUUUGGCUUGGCUCUGGCAGAUUUGUUGUGAUCGAUCUCUCAGCAGGCCCAUGCACAUAUGGAAAGAUUGAAACUGAAGAGGGAACCGUCAGUUCUAGGUCACUGCCACGACUUCGCAAUGUGAUGGUUCCAAGAGGUUUUGGUGCAGCUAGUGAUCAUCCUACACAUGAUGUAUUUGUUGGACAACUUGCGUCUUUAGUGUCCACCACAGUUGAGCAUGUUAUAGCUCCAGAUGUUAGAUUUGAAACUGUUGACUUGACAACAAGGCUGCUAUUACCAAUAAUUGUCCUGCAAAAUCACAAUCGGUACAAUAUAAUAGACAAAGGCCACAACUACAGCAUAAAUAUUGAAGCAAUUGAGGCAGAGGUGAAGAAAAUGGUUCAUGUUGGCCAAGAAGUUGUGAUCGUUGGGGGUUCACAUUCAUUGCAUCGCCAUGAGAAGUUGUCUAUUGCUGUUUCAAAAGCUAUGCGAAGCCAUUCGCUGCAAGAAACUAAGAACGAUGGACGCUUCCAUGUUCAUACCAAGACUUAUCUGGAUGGUGCUAUUCUUAAAGAAGAGAUGGAACGUUCUGCUGAUGUGCUUGCUGCUGGUUUGCUUGAAGUGGCUGACCCAUCUCUUUCAAGUAAAUUUUUCCUCCGCCAGCAUUGGGCAGAUCAAACUGAAAAUUCAAGUGAUUCUAUACUAAAGCAUAAACCUCUUUGGACUACUUAUGACUCAAAACGUGGCAAGAAAAAGAAGAAAGUAGUAAGGAAACAAGGAAAUAUCUACCGGACUUAUGGAACAAGAGUGAUUCCUGUCUUUGUGCUAUCAUUGGCUGAUGUGGAUCCACAACUUAUGAUGGAAGACGAAAGUCUUGUAUGGACAAGCAAAGAUGUCGUGAUUGUACUUGAGCACCAAAAUGAGAAGAUACCUCUUAGUUAUGUUUCAGAAACACAGAGAAGACACAACUUUCCUUCUCAGGCACAACGCCAUAUAUUGGCAGGGCUUGCCUCCGCUGUUGGUGGGUUGAGUGCACCAUAUGAGAAGGCUUCUCAUAUACAUGAAAGGCCAGUUGUAAAUUGGCUUUGGGCAGCUGGUUGUCAUCCGUUUGGACCAUUCUCUAAUACUUCUCAAGUCAGUCAAAUUCUUCAGGAUGUUGCGUUGAGGAACACAAUAUAUGCACGUGUAGAUUCUGCACUCCGUAAAAUUCGCGAAACAUCAGAGACUGUACAAACUUUUGCCGCAGAGUAUCUGAAAACUCCCCUUGGUGAACCAGUGAAGGGCAAGAAGAACAAAUCAACCACUGAACUGUGGGUGGAGAAGUUUUACAAAAAAACAACUAACUUGCCCGAACCCUUCCCGCAUGAAUUAGUUGAGAGAUUGGAGAACUUCUUGGAUAACCUCGAGGAACAGCUUGUAGACUUGUCUUCGUCACUGUAUGGUCAUCGCUUACAAGAAGCACAUCUAAACAGUUCAGAGAUUCUCCAGAGUUCCAUAUUUACUCAGCAGUAUGUAGACCAUGUUCUGGCGACUGAGAGGGAAAAGAUGAAGUGCUGCGACAUUGAGUACAAGUAUCCUGUGCAGUCAUCUCAAACCUAUAUCUACGGGGGGAUUCUCAUUGCCGGAUUCGUUGUAUAUUUCGUGGUCAUUUUCUUUUCAAAUCCUGUGCGCUGAGUUUAGUUCAAAUCUUUAUGCUAAAGUGGUUACAAAUCAAAUCCUGAGGCACAGAUGUCUCUGACACACGGGAACAGGAAAAUGGAGAAGGAACACAAGGCGGAGAAUGAUACCUUGAAAAUUUUGCACCACUUCAUCUGGACUGAGUUAGGGCAAGUUUGGUAUUUUCUUGUGCUUUUAAAAAAAAUUGUUUAUGCUGUGUUAUGAGAGGAAUCAGCUUUUUAAUGAAACAAUUAGGUGUUCUGUAAAAUGUAUUCGUAAAAGCCCUUUUAGCAUAAAAAAUAGUGUCAAAAGUAUUUGGUAAGUUUUCACAA